GCGGUGACUCGUUCACUCUGAUGCGGCAGCAUGUGGCAGGUGCUGCCCUCAACGGCUCUGCUGCUUGUAGUUUCUGCCGGCGCACAAGCUGCGGACCUCCCAAAGGCUGUGGUGGUCUCGGACCCUCCAGGCAAUAGGGUCCUCACGUUCGACAGUGUGACUUUCAAGUGCCAGGGGGCCAAUCCUUCUGGGAACCGUUCCACCCGGUGGCUGCACAAUGGGACCCUCAUCUCAAGUCAGACCAGCUACGUCAUCCAAGCUGCCAGCGUUGAAAACAGCGGCGAGUACAGGUGCCAGACGGGCCUCUCCGAGCUCAGUGACCCCGUGCAGCUAGAAGUCCUCGUGGGCUGGUUGUUACUCCAGACCCCUCGGCGGGUGUUCCAGGAGGGGGACCCCAUUCGGCUGAGGUGCCACAGCUGGAAGAACAAGCCCGUCUGGAAUGUCCAAUACUUCCAGAAUAGAAGAGGCAGAAAGUUUUCUUAUGAUAAUUCUGAGUUCUACAUCCCAGCAGCAAGAAGUGAACAUAAUGGCUCCUACUUCUGCAGGGGACUUAUCGGGAAGAAAAAUGAGUCUUCAGAGGCUGUGGACAUCAUCAUUCAAGGUCCACCGGUUCCAUCCACCUCAGCACUCCUCCCAUUUUGGCCCCAUAUCCCUUUCGCCGUGGUGAUGGCACUCCUAUUUGCAGUGGACACGGGACUGUAUUUUGCUAUGCAGAGAGACCUUCAUAACUCAAAGCGGGCCUGGAAAAACAGCAAAGUCUCCUGGAAGCAGGGCCCUUAG